AUGCGGUCGUUUCUUUCCGUGGCCGUGGCCCUUCUUGGAGCCUCAGCCGUCACAUCUGCUGCCGAUGCAGAGUCUGAUGUCACAUCUCUGACCCAGGACACCUUCUCUGAUUUCAUCAAGGGACACGACCUCGUCUUGGCGGAGUUCUUUGCGCCGUGGUGCGGUCAUUGCAAAGCCCUGGCGCCGGAAUAUGAAGUCGCGGCCACCGAGUUGAAAGAAAAGGACAUAGCAUUGGCCAAGAUCGACUGCACGGCCGAGGCUGAGCUAUGCAAAGAGCAUGGCGUCCAGGGCUACCCGACUCUGAAGAUCUUCCGCGGCUUGGAUUCCGUGAAGCCAUACCAAGGCGCUCGCAAGAGCCCAGCCAUUGUUUCCUAUAUGAUUAAGCAAUCUCUCCCCGCCGUAUCUUCUGUGACAGAGGAGAACAUUGAAGAGUUCAAGACCCUGGAUGAGAUCGUCAUUGUUGGAUAUAUCCCCUCGGAUGACAAGAAAGGGAACGAAGCGUUCAACAACCUAGCCGAGUCCGAGCGUGAUAAUUUCUUGUUCGGCGCCAGUGACGACGUUGCGGUGGCCAAGGCUGAGGAUGUAGAGCAACCUUCCAUCGUUCUGUACAAGGACUUUGACGAGAAGAAGGCCGUGUACACCGGCGCCCUAGACUCUGAGAGCAUCCUGGCCUGGAUCAAGACAGCCAGCACACCUUUAGUUGGAAAGCUUGGCCCUGAGACCUACGCCAACUACAUGAAGGCUGGCAUCCCCUUGGCCUACAUUUUCGCUGAGACUCCUGAGGAAAUCGAGGCUUUCACCGAAGAGUUCCGCCCUGUUGCCGAAAAGCACCGUGGACAGAUCAACUUCGCUACCAUUGAUGCCAAAGCAUUUGGUGCUCAUGCCGGAAAUCUGAACUUGGACCCUUCCACCUUCCCUGCCUUCGCUAUUCAGGACGCAGAGAAGAACACCAAGUACCCCUUCGACCAGACCAAGGAGGUCAACGCUAAAGAUGUUGGCGAGUUCGUCCAGGAUGUCCUCGACGGCAAGGUCGCACCUAGCAUUAAGUCCGAGCCUAUCCCAGAGACUCAGGAAGGCCCAGUCACUGUUGUCGUUGCCCACACCUACCAGGAACUUGUCAUUGACAACGACAAGGAUGUCCUCCUUGAGUUCUACGCACCAUGGUGCGGACACUGCAAAGCAUUGGCACCAAAGUAUGAAGAGCUCGCCCAGGUCUUCGCGGAGAACCCAGAGUACUCUUCCAAGGUGACCGUGGCCAAGAUUGAUGCCACUGCCAACGACGUCCCAGACAGUAUCCAGGGCUUCCCUACCAUCAAACUGUUCCCCGCUGGCUCCAAGGACAAGCCCGUUGAAUACACCGGUUCCCGCACCAUUGAGGACCUGGCCACAUUCAUCAAGGAGAACGGCAAGUAUGAGGUCGACGCCGUCGCUGACAUUAACAAGCCCAAGGAAGAGGCCAAAGAGACUGAAGCCGCCUCUGCUUCGGAAUCUUCUUCUUCUUCCACCUCUUCUUCCACCUCAACCUCCACAUCUACCGCUGCGGCAUCCGAGACCGAAUCAGCAGCCCCUGAAGCUACUGAAGAGGCUGCCCCUGACCAUGAUGAGCUUUAA